AUGUCAAAUAAAGAAUUCAUCAUCGAAGACGAUAUUUCACUUGGACAAUUACUUGAUCGAGCUACCAAAUCAUACGAAGAAGUACAACUAGCUCCAUCACCCAAUAACCAAGAUGUACAAUCUAAGAUUUUAUAUAGUAUAUCUGAUUUAAAAUUAUGUGAUAAAUUAAUUAAACGAUUAGGAAUCUUAUCAUCAAAUGAAACAAUAGAAGAUAUGACAACUAAAGAUAUCAAAUGUUUAAUUGUGAAUGGAUUGAUUGGAAUGUUAAUGGUUUUGAGAAAAACUAAUGGUGGUAAUGAACGUAAAGCGUUUCUUGAACUUGCAAAAGGGCUUUUUGUUACUAUCAAGCAUCAUUUGUUAGAGUUUAUUGAACAAAUCGAAUCUUAUGAAGUGAUACAAGUGAAUGAAAGAUCAAAAUACCAAGGACCUUUAUCAACAAUCAAAAACCAAGCAAUAAGAAGGGAAGGCAAGAUCAUUCAAUACAAACUAGAAAAAGAACUACAAUUCAAAUUAAAUGAAUACAAAACCCGAAAAGAAGAAAAGAAUCGAUCCAACCUACAUUCAACAAACCAUCGAUCCACUCGAACUUUAGAUAAUGAAGAAGAAGAAGAAGAAGGAGAAAGAGAAGUUUAUACAACUUGGUUAAAGUUUCUUUAUUUAAAAUCGUACCAAGAAAUCAAUAGUAUAGACCAAGAACUCGACUUAUUAGGCACAAGUUCACAGAUGGAAAGCAUCCCACACCGAUCCAAAAGUACCGAAAAAGACGCAACAGAAGCCGAAGAUCUAAGUUGGAAACUAGACCAACUUUCCACCAAAUCAGGCCCAUUGAUCGGUCCUACCGGAAAGAUUUUAAGACCAUUCACCAUCUUACCAUCAUCUAAAUCAUUUACAUCAGCCACAGAUCGUAUCCGAUUAAGAUCCGAAGUGUUUAGACCUGAUUGGAAUUUACCUACGAUGACCAUAGAUGAAUACUUAGAUGAACAAGAAUCGAUGGGCAAUUUCUUGAAAGGAGGUGGACCGGCUCAAGCAGAAGAAGAAACGGAUGGGGAAAGAGUCAAGCGGGAAGCCGAAGAUGAUAAUCUUAAUGGUGAAGAAAUGGCAGAAGGACUUAGGAAAAAAGCGAUCGAAUGGGAUGAAUUUACUGAUACACAUAGGAAAGGUGAAGGGAAUAUGAUGAAUAGAGGUUAA